AUGAAGUGGUUGAUCCUAGUAUUGGUCUAUCUCCACCUGUCAGAGGGAUUGCAGAAACUCAUUCUGAAGAAAGGGAAAUCUGCUCGGGAGAUCAUGAAGGAGAAAGGAGUGCUGGAGGAAUUUCUGAAGAAACACCGUGUUGAUCCCGGACUAAAAUACCAUCCGGAUAAAUUCAACGUUGUUUAUGAACCAAUAACCAAUUACUUAAACACUUUCUACUUUGGAGAAAUCAGUAUUGGGACUCCACCACAGAACUUUCUAGUUGCAAUGGACACUGGCUCUUCCAAUCUUUGGGUCCCAUCUGUGUACUGCCAAACUGCAGCCUGUGGAAACCACCGAAAGUUCAACCCAAAUGCAUCUUCUACAUAUACUGACAAGGGACAGACAUAUACCUUGUACUAUGGGAGUGGUGAUUUGACUGUCAGGGUAGGCUAUGAUACUGUGAAGGUCCAAAACAUUGUUGUCCAUAAUCAGGAAUUGGGUCUGAGUUUAAAUGAGCCCACCUAUCCUUUCUACUAUGCCAAUUUCGAUGGGAUUUUGGGGAUGGCUUACCAAUCUCUGGCAGUAGGGGGUUCAUAUCCUGUCACAGAGCAGAUGCUGAGGCAAGGGCAGCUGUCUGAGCCCAUCUUCAGCUUCUAUUUCUCACGUCAACCAACCGUUCAGUAUGGAGGAGAGCUGAUCUUGGGAGGUGUUGACAAUCAGCUGUUCACUGGGGAAAUCAUCUGGACACCUGUAACCUAUGAAAUGUACUGGCAGAUUGCUAUUGAAGAAUUCUCCGUAGGCAACAAGGCUACUGGCUGGUGCAGUCAAGGCUGCCAGGCAAUUGUUGACACCGGAACCUGCCAGCUUACUAUCCCCCAGCAGUACAUGGAGAGUUUCCUGCAGGCUGUGGGAGUUGAGCCAGCCAAUGAGGAUGAGUUGCUGGUUGACUGCAAUAACAUCCAGAAUAUGCCCACCAUCACCUUUGUCAUUAAUGGAGCCCAGUUCCCACUGCCUCCCUCUGCCUACGUCUCCAAUAGCAAUGGGCGUUGUACAGUUGCAGUUGAGACCACGUAUGUGAUGUCCCUGAAUGGAGAACCUCUGUGGAUUUUUGGUGAUGUCUUUCUUAAGGAGUAUUAUUCCAUCUUCGACAUGGCCAACAAUAGAAUGGGCUUUGCACCAUCAGCUUAG